UUAACAGGAGGAGACUUUACUCAUGGCCUAUGAGACAGAAGAUCAUGAGACUCAAUACUGCUUUCCUGCCAUUAACUCAUCAUGCAUCAAGACAAAACGCUCCACACAUGAAUACAAUAUCAUGUAUGUGUUUUUUUCAGUGCUGUCAGUAUGGACUGUGUUUAUGAAUCUGCUGGUGAUCAUCUCCAUCUCUCACUUCAAGAAGCUUCACACCCCAACCAACAUGUUCAUUCUCUCUCUGGCUGUGUCUGACCUGCUCAUAGGACUUAUUGUCAUGCCCUUGGAGGCGAUUAAGUUGAUUGAAAAAUGUUGGUACUUUGGAGACAUUUUCUGUAGACUGUUUUUAACAAUCCUGGGGAUACUUUUCACUGCAUCUCUGAGUAUUUUAGUUUUAAUAGCUGUUGACCGUUAUGUGGCUGUGUGUCACCCUCUGCUGUACCCACAGAAAAUAACAACAACGAAAACAUUAAUUAUUAUCUGUGUUUGCUGGUUUACCUCUUUAGCUUAUAUCUUUUCAAUUACUAUAAGUCUCUCACAUAGAAAAUACACAUGCUAUGGAGAAUGUACAUUUAUAAUUACUUUUCCCUGGAUAAUCACUGACCUGUUCCUGUGUUUCCUGUUUCCUUGUAUCAUUAUUAUAAGUUUAUAUUUGAGAAUCUUCUAUGUCGCAUAUCAACAAGUGAAAGUUAUAAACUCUCUGAUGAGGAGUGGAAAACAUCUAACAGAAGGUUCAGUGAGGAGGAAAUCUGAGAGCAAAGCCGCUCUGACAUUAGGAAUCAUUGUGACGGUUUAUCUGUUUUGCUGGAUUCCCUAUUAUAUUUUAUCUCUAACACCAAACACAAGCUUUACUUCUGCUACAGCCUAUGUUAUGUUAUGGAUGUUGUAUUUUAAUUCAGCUCUGAAUCCUCUCAUUUAUGCUAUAUUUUACCCCUGGUUUAGAACAUCAGUUAAACACAUCCUAAAUCUAUCGAAAAUAUUUAAACCAGCAUGA